AUGCAGACCAUCAGAAUUCGGUUACAUCGUCUUCCAGAGAUGUUAUUUAACUCAUAUAUGUGCAGUCUUAGCUUUGAAUUCUCCAUAUCAUCAAUUAAGGGUGGCGAUGAGGUGGCGGCGGUUUGUGAGGCUCAGGAGGACCGGGUGGAGGUGCAUGGGGACCCGGUGGAGGUGGAUGGGGACCUGGAGGAGGAGGUCCAUGUUGUGGAGGACCGGGAAGAGGUGCAUGCGGUGGUGGUGGAUGGGGGUGAUGGUGGGGGUCUGGUGGUGGUGGGGGAUUGCGCAUCUUCUUUCUUUUUUUGUAACACCUCUUUGCUGUUCAAUAUGGAUGUGGCGAAAUGUAUUGAGAUAACCUCUGAAUUUAUACAUGUAAAUGGAUAG